GGGGAGGGGGGAGGAGGAGGAGGGAGCACGGCUACAUUACCAACACACACAUACACACACUGGUUACAUUACACUGUGAAGCAGUGCGGGGAGCAGUGGGAAGUCGGUCCACGGCGUCUUUUCCUCUCUAUCUUCUGGGUUUUUUUUAUUAUUGUUUUACGACUUUUUCGCUUUAAUCCCUCCUCACCAGAACCAGCUCUCAGGAUGUAUUUUGAAGCAUGAAGGCGGCUUCAGCUCGUCGCUCGUUGUCUUGACUGACCGGUAAAAGUGUGCUUUUCCUCCAGCUGCACACAUCCAUCAGUUUACCUUUUCACCUCCACACGGUGUUUUACUUUUGUCUGUUAGCCCACCGAGGAGGUUUUUUUCUCUCCUACUUUCAAUGAGCUUCUUCACUGGACCACCGAGGAAAUACCUUCUCACACUUUUUAUAUAAAUGCACUUUUUUAGCGUUGUUCUUUUUUUCUAUCUGGACCAUAUCCACCGUUACUUGUGCGUGUGUUGACUGAAAAACUAGUGAUGAGAUUUUAACUCGUGGUUUCUCUCCCUCUGUUUUUUUUUAUUUUUUCCUCAUGACAUUGAGGCGUGCUCCGGACUCUCAUUCCGACCCUCUACAUCUCAACUUUUCCGGGUCUGAGUUUCACUGUUUUUAGUUGAAACUCUCGUGGUGUAAAAAGAAAACCGGGGGACGCCGACAACAGCAGCAGCAGCAGCAGCGGCAGCCUCACUCCUCCUGUUGCUUCAGUUAAAAACACACCGGCAGCGUGUUUGCACGCCGCUUCCUCUCCAACUGACUCACGGUCGAAGCUCCGGUUAAACGCAGGGGGGAACGGUUUUCCCACUCGGUUGUUCGGGGGAUUUUAGUGGGAGAUUUCCCCCUCACCCCUCUCUGUAGUCUCGGGACAGUUGUGGCGUGUGUUGCCUUCAGUUUUCUUGGUGAAGCAAACAGAUUAAAACAUUUGAAAUAUUAAUAAUAAUUUAAAAAAAACAAACAAAACAAAAGCAAAAUGCCACAGUUAUCAGGCGGCGGCGGUGGAGACCCGGAGCUGUGCGCCACGGAUGAAAUGAUCCCGUUCAAAGACGAAGGAGACCCGCAGAAGGAGCAGAUCUUCGCCGAACUCAGCCACUCGGAGGAAGAGGGAGACCUGGCGGACAUCAAGUCAUCUCUGGUUAACGAGUCGGAGAGCAGCCCCAACAGCAACAGUCACGAUGUGAGUAAUGCAGCUAGACAGUCCCAAAUACCGCAAGAUUCAUAUCAUGAAAAACACAGAGACCAUCCGGAUGAUGGAAAGCACCAAGACAUGUACAGCAAAGGCCAUCCGUACCCAGGCUACCCAGGCUACAUCAUGAUGAGUAACAUGAACAACGAUUCCUACAUGAACAAUGGCUCCCUCUCGCCACCCAUGCCCAGAACGUCCAACAAAGUUCCCGUGGUGCAGCCGUCCCAUGCAGUCCACCCACUCACCCCGCUCAUCACGUACAGUGACGAGCACUUCGCUCCGGGAUCUCACUCCGGUCAUCACCCCCAGGACGGCAACAAACAAGGAAUGCCGAGGCAUCACCCCGGACCAGACAUGACCAACUUCUACUCCCUAUCCCCUGGAGGAGUGGGGCAGAUCACGCCACCGCUGGGAUGGUUCUCACACCACAUGGUGCCCGGUCCCCCAGGUCCCCAUGCCACAGGGAUUCCCCACCCGGCCAUCGUCAACCCACAGGUCAAACACGAGCCGCCGCAUGAAACGGACAUCAUGCACAUGAAACCCCAGCACGAACAGAGAAAGGAGCAGGAGCCCAAAAGACCGCACAUCAAGAAGCCGCUAAACGCCUUCAUGCUCUACAUGAAAGAGAUGCGUGCGAAUGUGGUCGCAGAGUGCACGCUGAAGGAGAGCGCUGCCAUCAAUCAGAUCCUGGGACGGAGGUGGCAUGCUUUAUCUCGGGAAGAGCAAGCUAAGUAUUAUGAGUUAGCCCGCAAGGAACGGCAGCUCCACAUGCAGCUCUACCCAGGCUGGUCCGCUCGAGACAAUUAUGGAAAGAAGAAGAAGCGGAAGAGGGAGAAGAUGCAGGAAUCGGCCACAGGUACAGGCCAGAGAAUGAAAACGGCGUACAUCUGAGAAAAUGGAGGAAAACGGAACAAUUUCUCCACAUGCAAAGCGAAGGCAGCAGCUACGGGCCCUCUGCUAGAGAUGGAGGCCUGUUAGAUUCCAUGAAGACCCUUAAAUCUCCAAACUGAAGCCUCCAGUUCUCAGAGGACCCCCCCACCCCCACCCCACCCCAACACCUCACAUCCCUCACCCCUGUCCUACCACAUCUAACCCUACUCCCUUUCUCUUCAAUACAGUCACAUGCCGCCACCACCACCAAAAACACUUCACUGUUUGACUCUACUCCUUCCUGAAGGCGCCUGCUGUAGAGACACUGAACUGAAGACAAUCAUGAUUAGUAGGAGCACCGUCACCACACCACGUCCUCGCACCGAAAACCCCCAGAAAACAUCAAUUUGACGUCUGUGUUUUUGUCAGUUUCCUUUAACAAAUCAGCUUUACUGCAAUCUGAGGCACUGCACUGAAAAACAGCAGCAAUUUUGAUGUGCGCACAGACUCCUCCCUGCACCGCCCAAACACUCCCAACACCUGUCUCUAAGUUAUUGUAAGUUAUUUGUCACCUCUGUUCCUUUGUAUAGUUUAUUAGGCCGACAUUCACUCCCUCAAACCCUCCACCCCUUCUUCUUCUUCUUCUUCUCUCUCGCUCUCUCACUGGAUUUUUUGAGACCAUUUGGGGUUUCGCCCAACUGACCAAACACCUCUUUUUAGACUGCACUAAGGAAGAUGGAGGGA